AAAGUUAGUGAGCCACAGCAGAGCUGCACUCGCGACAAGUCUCUCUGAUUCUCUCCUAAGAAACUUUCAACUGAAUCCAGCAGGUUUUUCUUAACAGCAGCAGAAUCUGUGUCGAGCGCUGAGUGUAGAUAUGUCUGCUGCUGCCAGCUGUCUGCUGACUGAAGAUAAGUUUCUGUGCUCCAUCUGUCUGGAUGUGUUCACUGAUCCAGUCACCAUACCAUGUGGACACAACUUCUGCAAAACCUGCAUCUCUGAACAGUGGGACAAAAAUGGCCCCUAUCAUUGUCCCAACUGUAACAAGAUUUUCUACACAAGACCUGAGCUGCAGGUCAAUACUUUCAUCUCUGAGGUGGCUGCUCAGUUCAAACAGUCAGCUCAACAGAAAGCCAGCAGCAGCAGCUCAGAGCAGCAAGUUUCUAAACCAGGAGAAGUUCCCUGUGACGUCUGCACUGGAACCAAACUGAGGGCCCUGAAGUCCUGCCUGGUGUGUCUGGAGUCCUACUGUGAGACUCACCUGCAGCCUCAUCUGACAAAGCCAGGCCUGAAAAGACAUCAGCUGAUCGACCCUGUGGAGAACCUGGAAGGCAGGAUGUGCCCGAAGCACGAUAAGCUGCUAGAACUUUUCUGUAAGACCGACCAGACGUGUGUCUGCAUGCUCUGCACAAUUUCAGACCACAAGAUUCACGAUGUUGUUCCUCUGAAAGAAGAAUAUGAAGGAAAGAAGGCUGAGCUGGGGGAGACAGAUGCUGAAAUUCAGCAGAUGAUCCAGAAGAGACGACUGAAGAUCGAGGAGAUCAAACACUCAGUGGAGCUCAGUAAGGAAGAUGCAGACAGAGAGACAGCAGAUGGUGUUCAGGUCUUCACCACUCUGAAGGAGUCUGUUGAGAGAAGCCAGGCCGAGCUCAUCGACGCCAUCAAAGAGAAGCAGAGAAAGACAGAGAAACAGGCUGAAGGCUUCAUCAAAGAGCUGGGACAGGAAAUCUUUGAGUUGAAGAAAAGACACACUGAGGUGGAGCAGCUCUCACAGUCUGAAGACCACCUCCACCUCCUCCAAAGCUGCACCUCCCUGAAUGCUGCUCCACCCACCAGAGACUGGACAGGAGUAACUGUCUGUCCAUCUUCAUAUGGGGGGACUGUGAGGAGAGCUCUGAGUCAGCUGGAGGAAACACUCAGUAAACAGAUGAAUAAGCUGUUUGAGGCUGAGCUGAAGAGGGUCCAGCAGUCUGCAGUGGAUCUGAUACUCGAUCCUGAUACAGCACAUCCCAACCUCAUCCUGUCUGAUGAUGGAAAACAAGUUAAAAAUGGUGAUGUAGGGAAGAAUCUCCCAGACAACCCAGAGAGAUUUGAUUCUUGUCCCUGUGUCUUAGCAAAGCAGAGUUUCUCUUCAGGAAGAUUUUACUACGAGGUUCAGGUUGAAGGGAAGACCGACUGGGAUUUUGGAGUGGCCAGAGAGUCGAUCAACAGGAAGGGACAAAUCACACUGAACCCUCAGAAUGGUUACUGGACGAUAUGGUUGAGGAAUGAAAACGAGUAUGAUGCUUGUGCUGACUAUUUAGUCCCUCUGUCUCUUAAAUUUCGGCCUGAGAAGGUGGGGGUGUUUGUGGAUUAUGAGGAGGGUCUGGUCUCCUUUUAUGAUGUUGAUGGUGCAGCUCUUAUCUACUCCUUUACUGGCUGCUGCUUCACUGAGAAACUCUUCCCAUACUUUGGUCCUUGUUUGAACGAAGCUGGUGAAAACUCUGCCCCUCUGAUCAUCUCUCCUGUCAAUCACACUGAGUAGAACAACCAUUUGAUUUUGUACAAAAACAUUCACUUUCAUUUAAUAUGAUGUAUUCUACUGGUGAUUUUGUCCCUAAAUAUUUUUUCUUUGAUGUGUCAAAUUACUACAGCAACACAGAUAUUAUGACACGGAUUGAUAUUUUCAAAUGUUGUCCAAUUAAUUCUAAUGAUUGUUUUAUCUUCCUUCACGGCCAUUAAAUCAACAUAAACAGUUAUAUCAAAAAUAAGAAGCACUCACAUGUCCUAAAUCUCUUGGUGUUAAAUUCAAAACCUUUUAUUGUCUGCAUUGUAUAUUAUAAGUGUUCCAUAUUGUCACUAAUUACUGGGGAAAACAACUUUAAUUUGUAAAUAAGAGCUUUUCAGGUUUAGGUUUUUAAGAAGUUUUUCCAUUUCCACUAUUGUGUUUUAUUACUAAGUUUGCUUGUGAGUUGUAUUGAUUCAUCUGAUUCAUCUGAUUUAUUGAUUAACAGCAGUUGCCCAAAAUGUCAGAUUUUCACUAGUUUUAUAGUUUUGUUUGUUAGCAGGUUAUCAAUUUAACAGACUCUUUGAAACUACAACUAUUUGUAUGAAAAACCAACUGCUGUGGACUUUUAAUAUCCUCAGUAAAU